CGCGGAGUCUGGGUGCUGCGUGUCGGCGGGGCGCAUGCGCGAUGAGUUUCCAGCCGCCGGCGGCCCGGGCUCGGGUAUUAGGCCGUUAGUAACGCCUGCGGAGCCCGGAGAGAGGGAAAGAGAGGCCGGGCAAUGGAGCCCGCUUGGCGGCAGGGAGGACGGGGUAGGGGUCGCGGGAGGGGCAAAGGUAGCGGCGCCCCCCAAGUGGUUGGACUCGUUCGAGAGGCUGAGGCUCCUGGAGGUAGUGGUGGAGGAUAUGAUAGACAUGGAAGAGGCUCCAGCAGUAGGUCAAGGAAUCAGUCCGAUUCCAGCAAUGAGCUGUCAUCACUGAAAAAAUUUGAAGAAAUUCGUAAGGCCAAUCAAGCUAUAGCCCAAAGGUUUGUUAAUGAGAACACUUCCUCUGAAGAAGAGGAGGAUUUUGAGGGUCAGCAAGGGAAAAUUGUUGCCUCAACGUUUACAGCAUAUUCUAAUCAUAUAGGUGAAAAUUCUUCCAGAGAAUUGGAACGCACGAAACAAUAUCUGAAUGAUGCAUUUCAGUCAGGAGCUCAAACAUGCCUCAUCUGCAUAGCCUCAGUAAAGAGGAAUCAGGCUAUCUGGAGUUGCUUCCGUUGUUACUGUAUCUUUCACAUCUCGUGUAUCCAGAAAUGGGCAAAAGACAGCAUUUUUCUUGUAUCCUCUGUGUUAGAUGAUGACUUUGGAAAGAAAGAUCAUCCCUGGCCAUGUCCUAAAUGCAGGCACCCAUAUGAACAGUCUCAAACUCCAACAAGGUAUUAUUGUUACUGUGGAAAGGUUGCAGAUCCUCCAUCAGACCCUUGGUUGGUACCUCAUUCCUGUGGCCAAGUUUGUGACAAAGAAUUCAAGCCUUUAUGUGGACACAAGUGUCUUCUUUUAUGCCAUCCUGGUCCUUGCCCGCCUUGUCCAAAAAUGGUCUCCAUAACCUGCUACUGUAAGAAGGCUAAACCAGUGUCCCGACGUUGCAGUGCUAAGGGAUGGUCCUGUCAGCAGCCUUGCAACUGGCUAUUAACUUGUGGGCAGCAUAAAUGUGAAAAUCCAUGCCAUACAGGUAAUUGCCCAGAGUGUCCCCGUGUCAGCAGACAACGGUGUUUAUGUGGGAAGGAAACAAGUGAGAGGCUGUGUGCUAGUCCGCAAUGGCAGUGUGAAAAGGUCUGUGGAAGAACUCUAACUUGUGGUAAUCAUACAUGUGAGCAGAUCUGUCACAGUGGGACUUGUGGAGAUUGUCCUCGAUCAGGAUAUAGGGCUUGUCCCUGUGGGAAGUCAAAGUCUGCACUGCCCUGUACAGAGGAUGUACCAACUUGUGGUGAUACUUGUGACAAACCAUUGGCAUGUGGCCUUCAUAGAUGUUCAAUGCGUUGCCACCGUGGACCUUGUGAAACCUGUAGACAGGAAGUGGAAAAACAAUGCCGUUGUGGGAAACACUCAAAGAUUUUGCCAUGUCAUAAGGAGUACCUGUGUGAAACAAAAUGCAUCAAAUUGCGUGACUGCCAAAGGCAUCAGUGUAAGCGAAAGUGCUGUUCUGGGAAUUGUCCUCCAUGUGAUCAAAACUGUGGUCGAACACUUGGUUGUAGAAACCACAAAUGUCCAUCAGUAUGUCACAGAGGUGCUUGCUACCCAUGUCCAGAGACUAUAGAAAUAAAAUGUAAUUGUAGUGCGACUGUUCUGGCUGUACCUUGUGGCAGAGAACGUACUACUAAACCUCCAAGAUGCAAAGAGCUGUGCAGGAAACCACCCACAUGUCAUCAUGUGAACCAAGAAAAACACAGAUGUCACUUUGGUUCUUGUCCUCCAUGCAAGCAGCCUUGCCAGAAAGCACUAGCUAAGUGUGCACAUCUUUGUCCUGCAACAUGUCAUGACGAAGUACUUGUCAAGCAAGCAAAUUCACGGCAACCCGCAGGACCCUGGGAGCAGCGUUCUGAGCCAAUUUUUAUUCGAACUGCAGUUCCCUGCCCACCUUGUGUGACUCCUAUUCCAAUGGCUUGUCAAGGAAAACAUGAGGUUAGUCUUUUGCCUUGUCAUGCAGUUGGGCCGUACUCUUGUAGUAGACCUUGUGGAAGACUCUUGGCCUGCCAGAAUCACAAGUGUGCAAAAGAAUGCCAUCCAGUAACUGGAAUCGAUGAAGGUGAUAAAGAAAAGGCUGGCAAAGAAUGUCAGACAUGUGAAGAAGGAUGUACCAAACCCCGUCCAUCUGGUUGUAUCCACCCAUGUACUCUGCCAUGCCAUGUUGGUGCAUGUCCCCCAUGUUCACAGAUGAACAGAGUAAAAUGUCACUGCAAAAUCACAACCCUGUAUGUAGAGUGCACGAAAAUGACUGCAUCUGAUGAAGAAACAAAAAUUGUCCUUAAUUCUUGCAAAAAUCAGUGUCCAAAACAGUUGUCCUGUGGGCAUCGAUGCAAAGCAACUUGCCACCCUGGUGACUGUCCACAGAGCUGCAAUCAGAAAGUGAAGAUGAAGUGUGCCUGUAAGCGGAUUAAAAAGGAAGUUCCGUGUUCAGUGGUGACUGAGGAGAAAGUCCUGGUGGAAUGUGAUGAAGUAUGUCAGGAAAUGAAACAAAAAGCAUCUGAGAUGAAAGAAGCUGAAGAGAAAGCGGCGCUUGAAAAAGAAAGACUAAAACAACAGGUGGAGUUAGAAGCAUUUGAAAAAAGACUAAAGGGUCGCCGUAAGAAAAACAAGAAACGGGACACAAUAGAAUCUAAAGAAACAGCUUGGCAGAAAUACAGAAAGUACCUCAUGUUCCCUGUUUGUGGAAUUGUUCUGGCAAUGGUGGCUUUUUAUCUACUACAGCUAAGUUGAAGAAAUUGGAAGCCAUGAUAUGGUUUAGGAGAAAAAUAUAUUAGAGUACUUAUAAAACUUAGAGUAAUUACAUUAGAAUGGAUCCCACAACUGGAGAACUUCUUGUGCUAAGCUUGCCUCUAAGAUACAAUGGUUUACAAAUGCAGUUGAUUAUUCACAUGACAAACCACAAUUAACUUCCAUGUAUAUAUGUUGUCUGAAAACUCAGCAAUACUUUGUGUGUAUUUAGACAUGUAAUGUAAUUGAGAUGUUCAAAAAAAAUCACUGUAGUGUUCUACUUCAUACAUAUAAAUAUUAAUUUUGUCUUGGAACUGACAGUAUUUGUAGCUUGCAUUACAAUGGUUAAAAUUGUUUUAUUUGCUUCUGUGAUCGUUUGGCUUAAGUAUGACCAGGUAAUGUGAAUUUCUUUGCUUUUUAGCUUACGAGGAGCUUUUACUACUUUACUGUCACUCCACUAAUUGCAUAUUCAAUAAAAAUUGCAAGCCAGCAAGCAAA